AUGCGCAAGUGCGGCGCGCCCAAACCCGCCCCCGGCCCGUCGCUGAUGCAGCCGCUACCGCAGUACUCAGUAAGCCCCCCUCGUGAUCCCGCCGCCUUCCCGCUCGUGUCGCUUCCGAGCGCGUUCCCCGCUGCGCUGCACCCGCGCCGCUCUGUCUUUGCGUGCCCCAGUCCCCUCGCCGUGUGCCGUCCCUCCACUGCCUGCUCCCCUUCGAGCUCUCCCCCCGCCCUUCCCCGUCCGAUCGUCCUAUCAACCCCUUCCAUCCCUCUCUGUGUCCCCGCUCUCCUCUCCCCCCUCCCCUCCCUCCCCCGACAGCACGCGCCGUCGCAGGCGGCGGCCCCCAUGCCGGGGGAUCCGGGCGCGCCCAUGCACGGCAUGCACGCGAUGCCGCCCAUGCAGCCGCUCGGCGCUCCCUACAUGCCCGCCAUGCCCCCCGCGCACUACACCCCGUACCCCCCCAUGCCUUCCCCCGCGCCAAUGUACGGGGCAACCGCCAUGCCUUCGCCCUAUGACCCCUCCGCGCACCUCGCGCCGCCCUACAUGCCGCAGGCCAUGCCCCACAUGCCUAUGCCGCCAGCGCACGCGUUCGCGCCCUUCCCCAUGGACGCCUACCGCCCCAUGCCGCCUCCGGGCAUGCAGCAGCGGCAAGGGGAGGGGGCGGACGGGCGGAAGCGGAGGGGGGGACCGGAGGGGAGUGGGGAGGGCGACUGGGCAUGCACCCAUUCUCCUCACCUCCUGUAUCUGCCCUUCCAACCCCUCCCCCCCACCCCCUGUCCCAUCUGCCCGGCUUGGGAGAGGGCAGGCGUGCAGGCAGCAGCGCCGGACGGCAGUUGGGCGUGCAGUGAGUGCGGGAACGUGAACUACCCCUUCCGCUCGCACUGCAACCGCCGCCACUGCGGCCGUCCACGGCCCACGCACGACACCGCUGCUGCUGCCAGCACCGGAGGGGGAGAUGCCGCUGCUGCUGUAAAACAGGAGGUAUGCCCCCCGGGGUUACGAACCAGAGCCAUUCAGGAGGUGAUGUGA